AUGAAAGGAAGUGUCCAGAUGGAGCAUGAUUGCGCUGACGAGAGGACUCCCGUCCAGAAGUUAGAAGCCGAGUAUGUUCGAGUGAUGAAAGCUACUCAAGAGGAUCUGGAUCAGGAACCCGGUGUCUACAUCCAUGAGGGAAGUGUAUUGAUGUCUCAACUGCGCGAUUACCUCGUGAUGCUGCCUGACUUGCGUGAUCUUACUCCCGAGUGUGAUAUCUCCAACGCCGACGUGGGAGUGCCCGGACGGACCACUCCGACUGAAGAAGAACAGCUGAGAAAGAUCCUCGAACGGCACUCCAAAAAUUUUCUAGGCGAUGGGAAUGCGGCCCCUGCUCCAGCACGAGGAGUAGUGUGCGACAUAGAUGUCAGGGGCGGCAAACCUAUAGCGCUCCGACCAAGGUCGAUUAUCCCCAAGGUCGCGAUGAAGGUGUACGAGCUGCUGAAGAAGCACCUGGAGACUGGACUUAUCGAAAUGUCCGACUCCGCCUGGCCCUCUCCAGUCGUGAUCGUCCUGAAGAAAAAUGGGAUUGACAUUCGGAUGUGUAUCGAUUAUCUUCUUGUGAACAGCUUCAUCGAGUUGUCGAAUUAUUCGUUGCCCCUGAUUGAUGAUCUCCUGGUCCGAUUUGAACGGGCUAUGUGGUUCAUCUCACUCGACAUGGCGAGCGGCUUUUGGGCCAUACGCAUGAAUGAGCGAGCCAAGCGCAUAUCAGAACUACCUCCAGAAGAGGAGAAGACGGUGGAUGCGGAUGUGCUAGAGUUCCUAAGCCAUGCUAUGCAGCGAGUUCUUGAAGCACAGCAUGAGAAAUCCGGCCGAGACGUGCCCACCCUGGCGAACGAGAUGACAGCUUUCAAGCGGAAUAUUCCAGAGCCAUCACAGAUGGGACCCGUUCUCGGACGGAGUUCUUAUAUCGACGACAUUGGGCAUGGAGCCCCCACCUGGGAUCAGUUGUGCGAGGUUUUGGACGCAUUGUUGUAUCGGUUACGCUACUGGAAUAUCUCCGUCAGCCUCCCCAAGAGCGAGUUGGAAUUGCCGUUCCCGACUACGCUCAAAGGGGUGCAGUCUUUCUUGGGGAGCCUGAACUAUUAUCACAAGUUCAUUGAAGAUUUUUCAGUGGUGGCAGCGGCGCUCCAUGAAGUGACGGAGGAGCAGAUCAAGGCCGGGCGGGAUUUGCCCCGAGCCAAAGAGUCGUUCGAGAUCCUCAAGCGAAAGAUCGAGUACGAUGGGAAAAUCUUACCUGUGCGUUUCACCGGCCGGGUGCUGAACAAGACGGAGAUCAGAUAUCAUGUCGCCGAGAAGGAAAUGAUCGCCAUCAUGCGAUUGUUGAAGUCCAAGAGCCCGGAUGAUCGAUGUGUCCGGUGGGGAGUAAUCCUGUCCCAUUGGGAUUUGGAAAUUCACAUGGUUCAAAGCGAUGAAGACGGACUAGCGGCUAUCAUGGGGGCGGGUAUCACCCCACGCGAGCAUCUAGACGAAGUGACCGAACUGCUGAUCCCACUAACCGACGACUUCCGAGUGACGUUGAAGGUUUCGGACACGGGGUAUCGAGUAAACCCAUGGGUGCACAUAAGUCGACUUAAGCCCCGGGCGCUAUUCCCCAAACGACCGACUGUCCAGGUCGAAGUCAGCGAUGAAGAUGAUCUGGAUGCCACUUUGCUACCAGAGGACAGCUGGGAAGUGGACAACGCAAACGAUGAGUACGAAGUGGAAGGGAUCCUGGACCUCCGUUGGUCCAAUCGGACUCGGACUUCCAAGCGACUACGCGAAUACCUCAUCAAGUGCAAGGGCUUCGACGAGCCAAACUGGGUGUCGUUGUCUCGGUUGAACUGUGGUGCAUUGCUCUACAAAUUUAACCAAGGAGCGAAAGCCCAAACGCGCUUCCGGGCCAUGCAGACCGGAGACGACCAUCCGAGACUAUAA